AUGAAUAAGCUAUACAUUGGUAACGUGAGCGAGGAGGCGAGCGCGGAUGACUUGGAAAGUAUCUUUGAGCAGUGGAAGAUUCCGCACAUUGGUCCAUUUCUUGUCAAAACUGGUUAUGCGUUCGUUGACUGUCCGGACGACAAGGCUGCGAUGAAGGCUAUCGACACUCUUUCAGGUAAAGUUGAACUUCAUGGAAAAGUUCUCGAUGUGGAGCACUCGGUCCCUAAACGUCAAAGGAGCUGUAAAUUGCAGAUCAGGAACAUCCCGCCUCACAUGCAAUGGGAGGUGUUGGACAGUAUGCUAGCCCAGUACGGUACAGUAGAGAGCUGUGAACAAGUGAACACCGAAACAGACACUGCAGUGGUCAAUGUUCGAUAUGCAGCGAAAGACCAGGCCAGAUUGGCAAUGGAGAAGCUGAACGGAUUCAUGAUGGAAAACUAUGCCCUGAAGGUGUCCUACAUCCCAGAUGAAACGGCUGUGCCGGAGGGCCCUGUGAUGGGCGGCAGGAGAGGCUUCCCUCCCCGCGGACCGCCUCGCUCCGGCUCGCCAGCCUUAGGUGCCCGACCCAAGCUGCAGUCGGACGUUCCCCUGCGCAUGCUGGUCCCCACACAGUUCGUGGGGGCAAUCAUCGGCAAGGAGGGCGGCACCAUCCGCAACGUCACCAAGCAGACCCAUUCAAAAAUUGACAUUCACAGAAAAGAGAAUGCGGGUGCAGCAGAAAAGCCCAUCACAGUCCACUCCACCCCUGAUGGCUGUUCCAGUGCCUGCAGAACCAUCUUGGAGAUCAUGCAGAAGGAGGCCAUCGAGACAAAAUUUACGGAGGAGAUCCCACUGAAGAUCCUUGCACACAACAACUUUGUGGGCCGGUUGAUCGGGAAGGAAGGCCGCAACCUGAAGAAGAUUGAACAGGACACGAACACUAAGAUCACAAUCUCACCUCUCCAGGACCUCACCCUCUACAACCCGGAAAGGACCAUCACAGUAAAAGGCACUAUUGAAGCGUGCGCGAGAGCCGAGGAGGAGGUGAUGAAGAAGAUUAGGGAAGCGUACGAGAAUGACGUGGCAGCCAUGAACCUCCAGUCCAACCUGAUUCCAGGUUUGAACCUUAACGCUCUGGGUUUGUUCCCCGGUGGCACUCCUGGCAUGGGUCCAUCCAUGGUCAAUGCCCCACCACCCGGAGCCCACGCUGGAUAUUCAUCAUUCGGAAGCGAUCCCUAUGGGGGUGAAGGGCCAUUUUGGGCUUCUGUGCUGUCGGCAAGCUCUGGUUGUACCCAGCAGGGGCAGCCAGAGUCGGAGACUGUUUACCUUUUUAUCCCAGCAUUAGCAGUGGGAGCCAUCAUAGGCAAACAGGGUCAACACAUCAAACAACUCUCACGCUUUGCUGGAGCCUCUAUCAAGAUCGCCCCUGCAGAAGGAAUGGAUGCCAAACAGAGAAUGGUCAUCAUUGCUGGACCACCAGAGGCUCAGUUUAAGGCUCAGGGUCGUAUCUUUGGGAAGCUGAAGGAGGAGAACUUCUUUGGGCCCAAAGAGGAGGUGAAGCUGGAGGCUCAUAUAAAAGUACCAUCCUUUGCUGCCGGACGAGUCAUCGGCAAGGGCGGCAAAACGGUGAAUGAGCUGCAGAACCUGACCAGUGCAGAGGUGGUCGUACCGAGAGAGCAGACGCCCGAUGAGCAAGAUCAGGUGGUGGUCAAAAUCAGCGGACAUUUCUAUGCAAGCCAGUUGGCUCAGAGGAAGAUUCAGGAGAUCCUAUCGCAGGUGAGGAGGCAGCAACAGUCCAAGCCCACGUCGGGGGCCGGGGCCCAACCUCCAGCACCCCGCAGGAAGUAA